GUUGAUAAGAAUUAUCAGUUCCGUGUUUUUUCUCAAAAUUUGAAAUUUUUUGACCCUUUUUUUCUGCCCUUUACUUAUAAUUUGAGCCCAACCCGUGUUUAGAUUCGAAUACCAGUGAAUGUAAUCGAAGUACACUAAAUAAAAAUGACCAAAACCGCAGGAAUAAUAAUCAUCGGCGAUGAAAUACUCAACGGAUCCGUGACCGAUACGAAUUCCACUUUUUUAUGCAAAAGGUUUCGAGCCUUAGGAGUCGUUGUACAGAAAAUCAGUACGAUUCCAGACGAUGUAAAGAUAUUGGCCGAUGAAAUUACUUUAUUUUCACAACGCUACGAUAUAGUUAUUACGAGCGGAGGAGUUGGACCGACUCACGAUGACGUUACCUACGAAUCAGUAGCUGCUGCUUUUGACGUAAAAUUAACCACAAAUAAAGAACUAAAACAGUAUUUCGAUUGGUAUCUGUGUAAAGGCGACGUAGAAGGCAUAAGACUAGUAAAUAUUCCGAGCAAUGCGGAAGUCCUCUACGUCGAGUUAGAUGAACCACUCGAAGGAUAUAGAUCAAAUUAUCCUAUAGUUAAAACACGCAACGUUUACAAUUUUCCAGGAAUACCGAACUACCUGGAGAAAACCUUUAUGGGCUUGGAAAGUACGCAUUUUGUCAAUAACGAUGUUCAAUUCUUCAAUCGUGUUAUUUAUUUGAACGUUGACGAGAUUUCUGUUGCGAGUGUUUUGAGGGAAGUGGCCGAUCGGUUUAAAGAUAACGUGAUGAUCGGAUCUUACCCUUCUACUCGAAAAUGUGAUGAAUAUGCUACUAAAAUUACAAUAAACUCAACGUCCUGUGAUGAUUGUUUAAAUGCUGAAAAAGAAUUACUGAUGAAAAUUUCACCUGCUAUGUUGAUCCACAUUCCUCCCAAGUUACCUGAUUUCGAAUUCAUGUUUCGGUUAUCUACCAUGAACCACCCGUUGUCGGAAAAGAUACGAGAUUCUUUUCGGGUUAUAAAAGAGUGUUUCUCGAAAUAUCCUAUAUCUGAUACGUUCAUCGGAUUCAAUGGCGGUAAAGAUUGCACCGUGCUUCUCAAUUUGUUAUGUUGUUAUUGUAUAGGCAAUAAACUGACUAAUUGUACGUUGACUCUGAUCUAUUUCAAAGAUGAGAAUUCCUUUCCGGAAUUAGAUCAGUUCAUCGAGUUUAUCAAAAACAACUAUAAAGUACGAUUGAUCGUAUUGCCAACGCCAAUGAUGCAAUCACUAGCGGAUUAUCUGAAAAAGAGACCGGGGAAUUUAGCUUGUUUCCUCGGCUUGAGGAGUAACGAUCCACGUAGCGCUGAUCUCAAAACCAUGCAGGAGACAGACGGUGAUUGGCCGAUAUUAAUGAGAGUUUUUCCCAUUCUAACGUGGAACUAUAAAGAUAUUUGGGAUUUCCUUAGAUGCGCCAAUAUUCCUUAUUGUUCGCUCUACGAUAAAGGGUAUACGUCUUUGGGACAUGUAAAUAACACAAGAGUUAACGAAGAAUUGAAAUUCAUCGAUGAAAAAGGUUCAAUUUACUUCAGACCAGCUUUCUUAUUAGAUGAAGAAAAAUCCGAAAGGAAUGGAAGAUGACGAAGAAUAUUACAUUCGAAAUUCUAGAACACAGACUUACAAAGUUUUUACACCUAUUAUUUAUAUGUAUUUGAAUAAAAAAACAAUCAUUCACA